GUUUACCGCUCCAAGAUGGAUGGUGAGGCCACCAGCCCCCUGCCCCGGACCCGCAGUGGCCCCCUCCCCUCUUCCUCUGGCUCUUCUUCCUCUUCCUCCCAGCUCAGCGUGGCUACCCUGGGCCGGAGCCCCUCCCCGAAGAGCGCUCUACUCGCCCAGAACGGGACAGGCAGCCUCCCUCGCAACCUGGCGGCCACGCUGCAGGACAUCGAGACCAAGCGCCAGCUGGCCCUGCAGCAGAAGGGCGAGUCGCUUCCUGCCGAGCCCCCCCCAGCCGACAACCCAGCAGGGCAGCAGGUGAUCGAGGAGCAGCGGCGGCGCCUGGCCGAGUUGAAGCAGAAGGCUGCCGCCGAGGCGCAGUGUCAGUGGGAUGCCCUGCACGGGGCGACCCCCUUCCCGCCGGGCCCCUCCGGCUUCCCCCCGCUCAUGCACCACUCCAUCCUGCACCACCUGCCAGCCGGCCGGGAGCGCGGGGAGGACGGCGAACACGCCUACGACACGCUGAGCCUGGAGAGCUCGGACAGCAUGGAGACCAGCAUCUCCAUGGGCGGCAACUCGGCCUGCUCGCCCGACAACAUGUCCAGCGCCAGCGGCCUGGACGUGGGCAAGAUCGAGGAGAUGGAGAAGAUGCUGAAAGAAGCACACGCGGAGAAGAGCCGGCUCAUGGAGUCCAGGGAGCGGGAGAUGGAGCUCCGGCGGCAGGCCCUGGAGGAGGAGCGGAGGCGGCGCGAGCAGGUAGAGCGGAGGCUGCAGAGUGAGAGCGCCAGGAGGCAGCAGCUGGUGGAGAAGGAGGUCAAGAUGCGGGAGAAACAGUUUUCCCAG